AUGAACAGCCUUGGUGCCUGGCCUGCCCGCUGCUCCCGCUCCCAGCCGCGCACCUCGCUGGACCUGAGAGGGCCCAGCAGGGUCGUGGCUCCCAGGAGGCCCCAGGAGGGCAGGGGGCUGCCCCAGCACCUAGCGGAGUUCGGGAAGCGCCCUGGGGGUGGGCAUAUACAGAACUGGGAGCCACAUUCAGGCCACACCUGGCUGAGGCUCAGUUACCGGAACACCCUGGCCGUUCACGCAUUCCCCUCCUCUCCUUCCACAGCUUGGGAGCUGGGCAGGCUGCUCACCCCUGUCCUGCUGUCUGCUGGGUGA